UUACAAAGUCCACAAACGCAAAACCCAAUCCACCCAGCCUCUAUAAAACCGUCUCAGCCCCUCCUUUUUCUAUUUUCUUCCUCGUGGCAUCAUUUCCUGGUUUUCUUCUACCGGAGGAUUCCUCCAGGAGUUCUAUUGUAGAUAUUACCGUGCAAAUUUGAAGAUGAAUCACUUUAAUCUUCAUAAGGACGCCUUUGCCUCCCAUGAUGAGACUAGAGGCUUGGUUUCCAUAUAUGAUUCCAAGGGUUCUGUUCUAUGCCCCAAACCCCGGCGAGUUGGAAUUCCGGCUAACAAUCCCAUCAGGCCUAUGAGAUGGCAUAUGAGUCAUCAAGCCGAGAUGUGUGAUUCAAAAGCCAGGGCAGAGCUUUUGGACAUUAUCCUCAUGAAGGAUGGUCAUGGGGCUGAACAAUCUGCAACCCAUGUAGCCUCAUCACCCCCUUUUUUUUGUGGGUCUCCUCCUUCCAGGGCUGCUAACCCAGUUAUUCAAGAUGCCCGAUUUGGAGAUGAAAAACUUACUCCAGUUUCGCCACUGUUAAUUCCAUCACCUUCAAGUUUAUCAUCUCCAACAUCACGCAAAGGAGAGUGCAUGAGAAUGAAGUUUGGGCUUAAACCAGCUGCAGUUAGAGUAGAAGGAUUUGAUUGCCUCAAUAGGGAUCGCCAAAAUUCCAGCAUCCCUGCUAUGGCUUAGAACACAAAAAUCAAGUGUAAAUAGAAGGAAGCUUAGUUGCCUCCGCAGUCACAAAACACAGCAGACUUAACAAGAGGGAAUUCUGAAAUCUUUUUGGAGAGAGUCGAGCAUUGCUAUAAAUAGUGUAUAUAUGAUAUGUUUGUGCUGGUGAUCCUUGCUAAUAUCUCAGUAGGUAGUUUGAUUGUAGAGAGAAGUGAAAGGGGCAAUAUGGUUUGAGAGCUAAGCUCUUUUGUAAUGUAAGAUAAGAGAAUUAGUAAUUGGGAGGGUUUUUUUUAUUUCAUAGUGAUCACCAUGAAAAAAAUUUGUGUACAGUGCCUAUUGGUGAUUGAAUUUUUGGCCAUUUACUCUUGUAAAUGUAAUUUGGUGAUUGUUAAAUGGCUUGGUACUUUGUUUCAUGCUUUCCUCCAAUUUAUUAGUGAAAACUGUUUGCAUCUAUUCAUGCAUGCUGCAGGAAAUGGUUCAGAUUUGCUAGAUUUCCUGGAACUAUCUAUAUGAACGGGUGGAUUGAUAUUUUUCCCCUUCUGAAUGAAUGGAAAGAAUUUAGUAUAGCACUAUCCAUAAAAGAAAAUUAAAUUUCAUUUUAAAGUCAGGAUGAUUGGAUGAUUGGUUCUCUUGCUUUGAAGUUUGGACUAGCUAUGAAUUAUCGUUUCUGCAUUGAACCACCUCUGAAUCUGCUGUAAACCUGUUUCUCAAAUUUGAUUUUCUCUGGACAACAAUCUAUGGAACAAUUUAAUAACUGUUGGAAAUUCUUUUUGUUGAUUUGAUCCUGUUAUGAUUGAAACUCAUCAUCUCAGAUAACUCUAAAAAUACUAUUAACUAAAAUUGAUUAAUAUUUUUAGAUAUUUUAAAUUUACGGCAAUAUUUUUCAAGUGAAUCAAAUGACAGAGAAUUAUACGUAGUAAAUUUAUUUAUUAUUUGAAUAGAAUCCCCAUUGCUAAUAUAUCAAAUGCAUUAAUAGAAACUGAGUUUUUUUUUCCCCCUUUUUUUCUUUCCAACUUGCAUCCAAUGAUAAAACGACUCCGUCUUGAAGCUAAAUGUACCUCUACAAAAGGCGAUAGGAGAUGGGAAAUUAACAAACGGCGUUAAGACGCAGCAUCUCAGUGAUUUUCCUUCAAAAUGGUUCAAUUCCUUCAGAAAAAUUGUUUAAAUCUGCUACUCAUUCUACAACUGUAAGUACAUCUAUUUACCUAUGUAUGAUCUGUUUUCUCUCUGCUUGUGCAGUUCAUAGCUUACGGGAAUGGACUAAUUUCCAUCCAUGGCGUUCUUUUGUGGGAUCACCUCAUAUGAAAUAGGUUACGUGCUCAAUUGGUUUUAUGGUCAUUCUUGCCGACAGCCUGUCUUGAUUGGUGGUCGCUGCUAAUGAGGGACGGUGUUGACUGCCAAGAACCAUGUAAGAACAUGACGAGUCUAUCCUCUGCAUUUUGCCCAUGCCUACCCCAUGUUAAGGUAGACGUAGAUUAUUUUCUUUUUGUUGAAUUUCUUUUCAAAGCUAGAUUAUUAAUUUAUUGUCAAUGAAUUUUCUGUUCUUUGAAAUAACCAACAAAUUGGACUCUA